AUGCGCAUUCGAGAACUGACGAACAAGAAGCAGCAAUCUAAGAUCGCUUCUGCUUUCCUCGCUGCAACACCUUCGCCUACACUGGCCGAUCUCUCCGCCUUGAUAGUUUUCAUGGAGCAGAAAAAGCGGCAGCCCCUGCCGAAUGUUGGCGCUCAUGAAUCAGCACCUAAAGACGAAGGAGAAUGGACUGUGGUGAAAGGCAAAAAUCGUUUGUGGAAGGGGCAUGGAAAGUCGCAUAAAUUACUUUGUUCCAUGCUACCAGACUCCCAGGUCCAGGCUCCAUUGUCUGUCCUAUGCCUUGAUUGGCAGAAUAAUGUGAUCUCAGCAAUCUGUGGAUCACAACGUCAAAAGGUCAGUUAA